GGGUACCAGAAGAUGCUUGAGUGGUGACACCUCUUUCACAAUGCAAGUUACGAUUGAAAUUCAUUAACUAACAUCCCCUUCCUCACCCUGAUCUCCAAUAGACUUCCUGUAACGCUUGGAAGAACGGGUCAGGGGAGAAGGGUUGAAGGUCACCAUGAAGCUAAAGCAGCGAGUUGUGCUGUUGGCCAUCCUCCUUGUCAUCUUCAUUUUCACUAAAGUUUUCCUCAUUGACAACUUGGACACGUCAGCUGCCAACCGGGAGGACCAGCGCGCCUUUCACCGUAUGAUGGCGAGCCUCCACGUAGAGCUGGACCCCCGGCUUGACCAUACGUUGCAGUCCCCGUGGGAGAUUGCAGCCCAAUGGGUUGUGCCCCGGGAGGUUUAUCCUGAGGAGACACCUGAACUAGGGGCUGUUAUGCAUGCCAUGACGACAAAGAAAAUAAUAAAAGCUGAUGUGGGCUACAAAGGGACCCAACUGAAAGCUUUGCUAAUACUUGAAGGAGGACAAAAGGUUGUCUUCAAACCCAAGAGAUAUGCCAGGGAUUAUGUAGUGGAAGGAGAACCAUACGCUGGCUAUGACAGACACAACGCAGAAGUGGCAGCCUUUCACUUGGAUAGAAUUUUAGGUUUCCGACGAGCUCCGCUGGUGGUCGGCAGGUUUGUGAAUCUACGUACGGAGAUCAAACCAGUUGCCACAGAGCAGCUUCUGGGUACCUUCAUGACCGUGGGUAAUAACACUUGCUUCUAUGGCAAGUGCUACUAUUGUCGGGAAACAGAACCAGCCUGUGCAGAUGGUGAUAUCAUGGAGGGAUCCGUGACACUGUGGCUGCCGGAUGUCUGGCCUCUUCAGAAGCAUCGGCACCCGUGGGGUAGGACUUACCGUGAAGGCAAACUUGCCAGGUGGGAGUAUGAUGAAAGCUAUUGUGAUGCUGUGAAGAAGACUUCACCAUAUGACUCGGGCCCUCGUCUCCUUGAUAUCAUUGACACCGCUAUCUUUGAUUAUUUGAUUGGGAAUGCUGACCGCCAUCACUAUGAGAGUUUCCAGGAUGAUGAGGGAGCCAGCAUGCUCAUCCUCCUGGAUAAUGCCAAAAGCUUCGGAAACCCUGCCCUGGAUGAAAGAAGCAUCUUGGCUCCUCUUUACCAGUGCUGCAUCAUCCGGGUUUCUACCUGGAACAGGCUCAAUUACCUGAAGAAUGGAGUACUGAAGUCUGCCUUAAAAACUGCUAUGUCGCAUGACCCCAUCUCACCAGUGCUUUCUGACCCUCAUCUGGAUGCCCUAGAUCAGCGGCUCCUCAGCAUUCUGGCUACAGUGAAGCAGUGCACAGACCAGUUUGGGCCAGAUGUUGUGCUGGUGGAAGACAGGAUGACACUGUCUCAUUUGUAAUGGUAGUGGAACACAGAUGAAACUCCUUUUUUAAAAACAAACAAACAAAAAAUGGAUAGAAAAACAGCACAAUCAGUUCGGAAAGGCUUUGGCCAAGAUGGACUGAAAUGAACAGGAAAGCUUCCGAGCCAGAGAAACAGAGGUGACGCUGGCUUUUACCUUGGGCUGACAGCAGUGAGAGGUGGGAAGUUGGAGCCUUGGACGGCUCAGUACCUGUAAUGGCGUCUGGGGUGUUGUGAUGUGUCCAUUGCCGGCAGUGGACAUGGCAUGGGAUAAAAAUGGCUCUUGGUGUUGGUGGAAGUGUGUGGAGUACAGACACUAAUUUGUGGACUGAAUCUAGAGGGGACAAAUGGAGAUGAACAUUAUGAUCCUCUCCUCUUCUCUUCCCCACAUAUACUCUUGUGAGUUUUUGUCUGAUUCAGGGUUGUACGUAAUCAGCUGUGAGCUGGUUAGGCAUUUUUCUGCUU